AUGUCUUCACCUGAAGUCAAGAUUAACGGUUGGACUGCUGUCCCCCUCAACGCCAAGAACAUUCUCGAUUCUGUAGGAAAACUCGCAGAAGUUCCCACCUACAAGGCAGAGGAUAUUAAAUUCCCAUCAAAUGACAAGCUCGUCGCCGAAGCCCAGGCCUUUGUCAAGGCGCGACUGAGCCCAGAAGCGUAUAAUCACUCCAUGAGAGUAUUUUACUGGGGAAACAUUCUUGCAAAGCGUUUGCUGCCCGAGCAUUUUGAAGCUUUGUCCACGUCUACCUGGGCACUCACCUGUCUCUUACACGACAUAGGAACGGCCGAUGCCUUCUUCACCUCCACGCACAUGUCGUUCGAUCUCUAUGGCGGCAUAAAGGCUAUGGAAGUGCUCAAGGUGCUCGGCGGUACUACCGACCAAGCUGAAGCUGUCGCCGAGGCCAUCAUACGUCAUCAGGAUGUGGGCGUGGACGGCACCAUCACUUUUCUUGGGCAGCUGAUUCAACUUGCCACACUUUACGACAACGUCGGCGUUUAUGAGGGCAUUGAGGACUAUGGCAGUUGGGUUGAUGAGGUCACUCGCGAUAAUAUCAAUAGGGAAUUUCCUCGGCACAAGUGGGCAUCUUGCUUUGCUUCUGUCAUUCGUCAGGAGGAGUCCAACAAACCCUGGUGCCAUUCUACACAUAUUGUAGGCUUUCCUGAAAAGCUUGAGGCCAACACUCUUAUGAAGCCUUGGGAGGAGUAG